AUGGCGGGGGAUGGGGGAUCAAGGAGAUGGCGGCAGCGGCGGCGGCGACAGCGGCCGAGCUGGCGGUGUCGGCCCGGGGCCCGACUCUACGCGAACCCGGAGGGGGAGGGGAAUCGCGUCAGGAAGCGGCUCGCGCCAGGAAGGGGGCGGGGCGGGGCCGAACGCCGAGACGCUAGGUCCGCACGCGCCAGGCGAGGGUCGGCCCCUGGGGCUGCCCCUCCCGGCGGGGGCAGGCCGGGAAGGCGGUGCCAGGCGGGAGGCGGCGGUGGGGAAACCCGCCGGUGGCUUCACUUUCGCUUCCACCCCGGCUCGGAGCAGGCGGGAAGCCGCCCCUCCACCCGGGAAGGAAGGCGACCGCCCAGCCGUCCCCAGCCGGCGGCAGCCCGCACGGGCAGCUCCCUUACCUGCCUCCACGAGGCGGCCGCGGUUCCGCCCUCGGCCGUCUUCUCCGCCUCCGACUCCUUUGCCCCCACCCCACCCCCACCCCCACCCCCGGCCCCAGGCCCCAGCCCUAGCCCCAGUCGGCACAGCCCGCCCAGCCCGCACAGCCGUCCCACUGCGGGCCUCUACCCACCCAGUUCGGCGGCAGCCUGCCCCGCCCCACACCGCCUCCGCCCCGCCCCUCCACUCUGCUUGCGUAAAGGCUCACUUAGGUGUCCCGGAGUCGCGCGGCUGAGAGAUCUGUUUUCCGGGCACGGUUGGUGGAGAAGUGGCCCUGCGCCGUCUCCGGGCUUCUUGUCCGGCCGCUGCAGCCUUCGCCGCGGAGGCCGGGAGGGGAAUGUGGGCCCUUGCCAGAUACAUCCACACAAAUGAUAAACCGGGAAGAUAGGGUCACAACCACAUGAAAGGAGCCAAGGAAUAUCUGGAAUAUCAAUUCGCUUCGGAAAAGAAAAAAAAGAUUUCAAUUCUAUGCUUCAUUUCCACCACAGUCUCAGUGAAUCAUAAACAGAAGCCAUUGAAUCGUUAAUUCAAUUCUGUCAUUCAUUGUCUACAUUGUCCUUAGAACUGUUAGAUGUUAUGCUGGUGUCAUGAACUUCGUUUUCAACUAGUUUACACUCUGGAGUGCCUAACACUAUAAAAGAACAAAAAAUGGUAUUUGCCAAAGUGUUGCUUUUCAUAAACAGUGACUAUAAUGAGGACAGGAAGUGAGAUGAUUGCAUUGGUAUGGGUUUAGAGAAAACCUGAUGAAGGAAAUAGGUCUUAAUGUGCAUCUUAAAAUGAAAAUUCCUAGAAAAAUACAGAAUUGUUUGUCCAAUGAACAGCUAAUUCCCUUUACCAAACUACAACAUUUUGUAUUUUUGUUCCCUUUCCUCCCAAGCAAGAAUAGUGGAAGCAGACCAGGAAAGCUAACUUUAGCUUCACAUUUCCUGGGAGGAGAAAGAGCACUUGACAGGAGGGAUAUCAGAUAGCAGUAGUCUAGGUACUUUCCAAAUUCAUUUAUAAAAAUGGUUCUUGGAUUUCAAACUUCACCUUUUUCACCUUAUGACCAAUCAUAUCUAACUCAUUUUGACCCCUUUAGAAAGUAAAGUGUAUUUUCUGUUGAGUAGCGUGUUUCCCUUUACUCACUGGGAAUCCUUAACCAGAACUUAAUUUUGUGACUUUAAUUUUAUUUGCUUCAUUGUUCCUCUGGCAGCUUUACUCAUGCCCUAAUCCUAACAUGUUUGUGUUACUUCCUUAUACAUUCUAAGAAGUUAUUUUGGGGGUACGUGUAAGCAUAGAGUUGUUAGUAUGUGGAAAUCCAUAAAAAAUGUGGGUAUAACGAAAAUGUUACCCUCUGAGUGUUAAGCUUAGACAAAUAAACUGUAAUGGCCAAAAG